AUGUCCCGAAGACGCUUUCAUACGAAAAGUCGUUAUGGCUGUUUACAGUGCAAACACAGCCGCAAGAAAUGUGACGAGAAUCGCCCUCAAUGUGGACGAUGCGAAAAGGCCGGACAGCACUGCUCCCUGUCCGACAUAUCAUCGAGUUUGAUGUUCAUAUCCACUGAUCCUACAGCUGAGAGGUUCAAGAAAAUUUUAAAUGUCGUUGAGAGACAACCUAAUAGUGAAAUGGCAAUUUCAUCAACAGUCUUCCAUGGCCGAAGCACCAACACCUCCCCGGCUGAUACAUCAAGUUGUCCAUCUUUCACAUCUACUUCCGAAAAUGUCUCCGAAACCCACAUUAGCGAUACAGAAAAAGAGCGUCUCCGACUGAUGCACCACUACACUCUACACACAGCCAAGACUCUCGCAGAGCUCAGCAUACCCACAGACAGAGACCAAACAAUCUGGUCCGACUUUGCGGUUGACCUAGCCCUCGAACACGAUCUUGUUCUUCACGGUCUCCUAAGUUUGAGCGCUCUCCACCUAGCACUACGUGGUAUCUUCAAACAGAGACACACCAUACUAGCAAUCCACCACCACGAUCUAGGGCUAGCAAUAUUCCGAACCCAUCUCACAAAUAUUACUAGCCACAAUUACGACUCCAUAUUUGCGUUUACAUGUAUAGUCAUGCUAUACGCGUUCGGUAUCCAGAGAUGUUCUGAAUCUACGGCGAAUACAAUCGCAAAGGUACAUCAAAUUCUUACAUUAAUCUCAAACUCUCGGCCAAUCACGAAAUCCCAUAUGGAUGCAUUGAGACAUAGUCGCUGGUCUGUAAUGAUGAUGUCGGAGCCGUAUCCAACACUAGAUCAGAAACUGCCCGAUGACAUGGAAGCCAUGCUCGCUAAGCUUGCACAACGUGUUGCUGUCACAGCCAAGACGGCGAGUCAGGCUGAUGUCUAUAAUGCAGUUGUUCAGAGCUUGAGAUACAUUCUUAUACUCACGUCGACACCGAGACCGGCACAAGUCACGUUAGUCAUAUUUCCGAUGUUGAGCCCAAGAGAAUACUGGGAUAUGAUGAGGGACCAUGAUCCGCUGGCACUGGCCGUACUGGCUAACUAUGCUGUUACACUUCACUGGCUGAGAUAUAGUAUAUGGUUAGAAGGAUGGGGGAAGGAGACCGUUGAUGCAGUGCAUGCGACGCUUCCACCGGAAUGGCAUGAUUGUAUAAACUGGGCUGUCGAGCAGACUAGAUUAUAA